GAGUCUGCCGGUGGUGGCAGAUAUGGCUUGGCAAGGCCCGUAAGUCGCUCGCUUAGGUCUGUUAUUCAUCCGUGGUUUUGAUGCCGGCAUGAUACCAACGUUUGGGAUAUGUGGAAUGACCUCCUGAGGCGUCCUUUGCUUUUUCUUUCGUUUCACUUUUUUUUUUUUCUUUUUCUUUUUUUCUUCGGCCUUCUUUAUCCAGUCACCGGGCUGGUUUUCGAGGAUUCCUUCGGAGUUGAGAUAUUGGUCGCCGGCGCGGGGAGUUUGCCAUCAUUAUCGUCCAUGACUCACGGCUUAUCGUAGAGAGCAAACGUCGUCGUCACGAAUUUCGAUAGCGAGGGAGGUUGGGAGUUAGAUUAAUCG